AUGGACUUCCCUCACACCCAGCUUCAGGCCAGCAUAGUUGCGAGGGUGUAUCUGACGACUGGAGUGCCUUCGAUCUACGGUCAACCUAAUAUGCGUGAAGGCUCGAGUGACGGCGAAGGUUCUAUCAGACAGCACUCCUUGAAGAGCUCGAGUAGUCUCCGAAACCUUGGAAGUCUCUUCGGACGCAGCCGCACCAGUGUGGCAGGCAGCAGUACCCAGCUGGCCUCCAUUGCGGGCGCUGACCACGAGGAUGACGACACAAGCGCAACGACUGAGCGCUAUCACGAGCCAGUCAUCUUCGAGGAUGAGACUGAAUCAUCGCACGAAAGCAUAGGCGAGGGCGAAAUCGGAGAGCAAAUCACCUUCCAAGAUGCACUUCGUUAUCAAGAUGACGAUAGACAUAACCACCAAGGUCUCUUCGAACGUCGUCACCAAGCCACAGUCGGAAGGCAAGGUCAAGAUCAAGUCCAGUGCCCCCAAGUAUCCAUACCCGAUGAUUCUAUCACUUUCGGUCGUUCUACCAGGCUCAAGGUCAAGCCCACCACCACCAUCGAUGGUGCCAGCAUGUACGGAGCAGACUUUGAUGUCGCAGCUGCCCUCAGAUCUCUCGAAGCCCAUAUGGCAAAGGAGACCUCAGAGGAGACCAAUCCCGAGGAAGUUAGCGACAAUCUCUACCAGCACUCGCGCCCAGCAUCCCUACAUGUCACUCUCUCGUCGAACGAUCUCGAACGUCUCACAAAAGAGCUCUACGAACAGACCAUUGCUGACGUUCACCUCUCUCUCUUUGCCUUCUGGAUAAAUACCAGCCCUGAGAACUAUCAUGUGGCAAGGAAGCAUGUCCGCGAACUCGGCUGCGAUAAGGGCUACAUCCCUUGCCGGUUGACUAACUUAGCCGUCCGGCACCUACUGACCGAGACAGAGGUAUCCAGGCCUGAGUAUGUGCAUCCAAAGCACUGCCACUAUCACAACGCUGCCCUUACAACCACCUCCUCCCACCACACUGCCAACCUAUCUGGACUGAAAAUCUGGAUACUCAUUGUUACGGAGACUGACCCCCCAGACCGGCCGCAGCCGCUGGCACCACGAUCUGCCUCGGCGAACUUUCUUCCCACCAUCUCCGCGAGCCCGAUGCCCCCGGUCCCGCAACUGCCGCCCAUCCACCGCUCCCCCUCCGGUCUCCUCUCGCUCUGGCCAUCGAGCCCAUGCCUGCCCUCGCGCCCUCUUCCCUCCCUCCCACGCGCCACCACCUCCUCUACGGCAAUGCGGUGCGCCUCCGCCACCAUGUUGGCCUCUCUGCCUGUGUCCAAUCCCCCCGCCAUGCCGGCACCACCUCCCAUGGGCUUCACAGGUCCUAGUACGAAUGUUGACAGCAUCAACGCCAACAUGGCUGGGCUAGGCCUGAACGAUGCUGCAUCUGAAGCAGAAUCGGAUGAGGAUGACGAGUUCCGCUCCCGCCUGGCAUCCAUCUACGAGAGAAUGGUCGUGGUCCAAGGACCGGAGGAGCUUGACGAGAUUAUGGAAGAGUUGAAGAUUCUGAGGGCGUUGUGGGCUCCAAGGCGUGUUUGA